AUGGUAACACAACUAUUGGAGUACUUCGAGAUCGUCGACAUUACGCAUGUGCCAAGGAAUGAGAACCAAGAAGCCAACGAUCUAGCCCAGAUCACUUUUGGGUACAAGAUCUUGAAGUCAAGACUCCAGAAAAUUAUCCAGGGACAAGAAAAGAUGGUGUCGGACGUACCACCACCACUUAGUGCGAACAUCCAAGAGGCGAAGGGAAAAGAUAACCUCGACGGAAGUGUCAGCUACUAUGAAGGUUUCGACGACGAGCGCCUCGAAGAUUUUGAGUUUGAAAAUUUUUGGAGACACGAAGUUUUCGCUGUUGGCAAUUCAUCACCAUCAUAUUGGAGAAAACCAAUUUUGGAGUACUUAGAGAAUCCAGUCGGAAGUACUAACAGGAAAAUCAAGUACAGGGCCUUGAGCUAUGUACUGCUGAGAAAUGAAUUAUUGAAGAAAACUCCAGGGGGAAUAUUGCUUAAGUGUCUGGGAAGUACAGAAGCAUACUUGGCCAUAUCUGAAGUACACAAAAGAGCAUGUGGUGCACACCAAGCAGGCCAUAAGAUGAAAUGGCUACUGUUCUGA